AUGUUGAAGGUGGAGGAGACGCCAUUUGGAGGAAAGAGUGUCACUUUCACUAUGAGUGAUGACAAACAAGAGAAAGUGAGUGAACGUCAACAACAGAAAAUAGCAGAACAUCAACUGGAGCGGAAAGAGGUACGAAGGGCUGCAUCAAAACUCUCGCGUUCUCUCGACCGAAAGCGAGCACAACGGGGGACGAAGACAUUAAAAGUUCCUGCUCUA